GAGUAAAAAUUUCAAACAGCCACAGAAGACAAGAAACACUGAAUGUUACUACUGUCAUAAAAUGGGUCAUCAUAUUGUAGAAUGUAGAAAGCGUAUAGCUAAAGAAAAUCGAGUAGAAAACUCAAACUACUUUAACUGUCAUGAAGUAGGUCACUCAAGUAAGAUUUGUUCAAAGACUUUUCAAAUUGGAAGGGUAAGCAAAUUAGUUUGGAUACCUAAAAACAAAUAAAUAAAAGGUUUUGCAGACCUGUCUCCAAGUGAGCAUGGUAGACAGCGUUUGGAUUCUGGAUAGUGGAUGCUCACAUCACAUGACGGGGGAUAAAAGGCUUUUUACUAAUCUAGUUCUAGGAAAGAAAGGUAAAGUCUUCUUUGGUGAUAAUUUCAGCACAGAAAUACUAGGAAAAGGACAAGUAGGGACGAUGCCAUCCAUAAAUAACGUCAUGCUGGUUAAAGAUCUCAAACAUAAUCUACUCUCAAUUAGUCAAAUGUGUGGAAAUAAGAACAGAGUCAUAUUUGAGCGAGAAAGAUGCUUUGUUGAAGAAAUCUCAAGUGGUAAAAUACUCUUUACUGGCAAACGUAAGGGAAAACUUUUCACAAUUGAUCUAAAUGACAAAGUUGCGUUUAAUGAAACAUGUUUGAUCUCUGUGGAUAAAAAUGACCAUAUAGAAUGGCAUCGUAGACUAGGUCAUGUUAGUGUAAGUACUCUGUCUAGACUAGUAAACCUAGGUUUAGUCAGAGGAAUCUAAAAAAUUCUUAGUAAGAAAGAAUUCUUCUGUGAUGCUUGUGCUAAGGGAAAGCAUACUCGAGCAUCUUUUAAAACUAAGGCAAUCAUCUCUACCAAUAGAACUCUAGAACUGCUUCAUCUGGAUUUAUUUGGACCUAGUAAUAUAAGAAGCUUGGGUGGAAAAUAUUAUGCAUUCGUGAUUGUGGAUGAUUUCUCUAGAUAUACAUGGGUGCUCUUUCUCUCUAGUAAAGAUGAAGCCUUGUCAGAAUUUAAAACUUUUAAUGCUCGAGUAGAAAAUGAAAAACAAACCAAAAUCAUCAGUAUCAGAAGUGAUUUGGUGGUGAGUUCGUGUCUGAAAACUUUGAGCAGUUUUGCAAUGAAAAGGGGAUCACACAUAAUUUCUCUGCUCCUAGGACAUCCCAACAAAAUGGUGUUGUCGAAAGGAAAAACAGAACACUCAUUGAAAUAGGAAGAACAAUGCUUAAUGAUUAUGGAUUACCUAAGCAGUUCUGGGGUGAAGCUAUCAAUACUGCCUGCUACAUAACAAACAGAUCGUUGAUUAGAUCAAAACUAAACAAGACACCAUAUGAACUUUGGAAGGACAGAAAACCUAACUUAGGCUAUUUUCAUCCUUUUGGAUGCAAAUGUUUUGUUCUAAACACUAAAGAUCAGUUGGGAAAGUUUGACUCAAAAUCAGAUGAAGCUAUAGCAAGACUUAUCGUGUCUACAACAAAAUGACCCUUAGAGUUGAGGAGUCCAUUAAUGUGGUAUUUGAUGAGUCUACUAGUAAGUGUGCAAAAACACUAGACGAUGAUGAGGAUUUUGGACUUAGCUUGAGUCAAACUAAAGAAGCUGAUGGAGUGACAACAAGCAUAGAAACUACUCAAGAUGCAAGUCUUGAAGGUAUGCACAAGCCAGAAGCUCCUCCUCACAUUCAGAAGCGACAUCCUCCCUCUCUGGUGAUUGGGGACUUAAAUCAAGGUAUGGUCACACGAUCUAAAACCUAUCAUGAACAUACUGCCUUCAUAUCAUUGAUAGAACCUAGAAAUAUUGAUGAAGCUUUAGAGGAUGAAUUUUGGAAUGCUGCAAUGCAUGAAGAAAUGAAUCAGUUUGAACGAACCAGAGUCUAGGACUUGGUUCCUAGACCUAAAAAUAGAACCAUUAUAGGGACUAAAUGGGUCUAUCGAAACAAAUCUGAUGAAAUUGGGAUGAUUAUAAGAAAUAAAGCAAGAUUAGUAGCACAGGGUUAUAAUCAAGAAGAAGGCAUAGAUUUUGAUGAGACUUUUGCUCCUGUGGCCAGAUUAGAGGCAAUUAGAUUACUUUGUGCCUAUGCUGCAUCAAAAGGUUUUAAAUUGUACCAAAUGGAUGUAAAAAGUGUUUUUCUUAACGGGGAUUUAAAAGAAGAGGUUUAUGUUGAACAACCCCCUGGUUUUGAAGAUUCUGAGCACCCUGACUAUGUUUAUAAACUAAAUAAAGCUUUGUAUGGUCUAAAGCAAGCUCCACGGGCUUGGUAUGAUAAGCUGAGUCAGUUCCUCAUAAAUGAGGGGUUUCAUA